AUGCCUGGAGAACAACCCCACAUUUUGUUUAUCGACUCUUAUGAUACGUUGUGUCGGGAAUCUCUUCCCGGAUCUUUGAUCCAUGUAAUCAAGAACGAUCAACUCACAAUACAAGACUUGAUUCAACAUCUCAAGUUUUUUACUGCCAUAGUAGUGGGACCCGGACCUGGUUCACCACUUGACGAAAACGAUAUUGGCGUCGUCAAAGACAUCUGGCACGUGAAGGAUCGCCAUCUCCUUCCAAUAUUCGGAGUUUGUCUAGGACUCCAAAGUCUUGCAGUUGAGCAUGGUGCCACAUUACGACGCCUCAAAGUUGUCAAGCAUGGCCAGAUCUCUCCCAUUGAGCACACUGGAUCGGGCUUGUUCCAGUGUGUUGGAGAGGUAAAUGCCGUUCGAUAUCAUUCACUCCAUGUCGAAGUGUCAGAUGAAUCUGAUAUGGAUAUACUCGCUUGGGCAGACGAUGGCAAGCAUGAGAAUGGAAGGGUGGUAAUGGCCGUGAAGCAUCGAAGCAAACCCUUUUGGGCAGUGCAAUACCACCCCGAGUCUGUUCGUACAAGUGGUGGAGGAGUGGAUAUCAUGCAUAAUUUCUGGAACAUGGCUGGCGACUGGAAUGUCAACCGUAGUCGUCUGCCCCCGAAAUGGGAUCCCAAGCUUGAACAAGUCUUUGGGCCACCUUGGCCGACUCUUUGUGCACCCUCUCGAUCCCUGCAAUUCGCAUCUUCACCUAGACAGGUGAUUACCAAGAUAUCAGUGCUCCCUCAAUUGACUAGCAAUGAUGUUGCAGAGAUGUUUGGAGCAUCCAAGGGAUCUCAGGCAUUCGUCAUGCUUGAUUCCGCUUCUUCACCGGGACGAUACUCCAUCAUCGCUUCACUGACCCCUACGUCCAUCCGACUGGAGUAUCAUCUGGGUGACAACUUUGUUACCUCCAUCGAGAAUGGUCAAAAACAGCACACUUCGUUAGGAGACCAAGAUAUCUGGAGUUGGACCUCUUCGUUUAUGGAUCAGAGAAGAGCUGUAGGUGGUCGUGAGGAUAUCCCAUUCUGGGGUGGCCUCGUCGGAUAUAUCAGCUAUGAGCUCGGCUGCGCUUCGCUCCUCGACAGCCAAUCGGAUGGCAGGCAAAGCAUUCCCGACCUCAAUCUCGUUUUUGUAGAGCGGAGUGUAGUGGUAGACAAGGAAACCAACAGCGUAUACGUUCAAUCUAUCAUUCCUCAUGAUCAUCUCUGGGUCCACGAUACCGCCUCGUCACUCAUGUCCCUCUCAAGCUUCAAAGUCCAAUCUGAUGAUUGUCCGAAAACCGAAACCUACUCAAAGAUGUUGAGAAAGUCUUCAAAA